AUGAAGCUUAAGAUCAACAAGGCGUGCGACCUCGGCUCCAUCUCCGUCCUCCCUCCCCGUAGGACCGGAGGGAGCGGCGGCGCAGGUGGGGCGGGUUCCUCCGCUGCGGCCGUGGCGGCGGGGUCGCAGCAGCGGUCGCAGCCGAUGUCGCAGCAGUCCUUCUCGCAGGGCGUUGUGGGGAGCGGCGGCGCGUCGUCGCUCCUGCACUCGCAGUCGCAGCUCUCGCAGGCCUCCCUCGACGAGAACCUCCUCAGCCUCCACCUCGCCUCGCCCGCGCGCGAUCAGAGAUUCGGGUUACAUGACGACUCAUCCAAGAAGAUGCCAUCGUUGCCUGUCAGCUCAGCUUCUUGUGUGCGAGAAGAAUCUCAGCUGCAACUGGCAAAAACAUCAAGCAACCCUGUCCAUCGAUGGAACCCUUCUCUUCCUGACGGUAGAUGUGUGGUUCCUGCUGAGGAUGUUGAGCGCAAAUUUCAGCAUAUGGCAAGUUCGGUGCAUAAGGUAGGGAUGGUACUCGAUUCAGUGCAAAACGACGUUAUGCAGUUAAACAGAGCCAUGAAGGAAGCUGCACUAGAUUCUGGAAGCAUACAGCAAAAGCUUGUUGUCCUAGACACUUCGCUGCAGAAAAAUCUUAAGGGACAAGAUGAUCUCAAAGCGCUUGUUGAGAGCAACACCAAAAGCAUCUCUGAUCAGCUGACUGUUCUGAACUCCCACUCCAACAAACUGGAUGAGAUAUCCUCAACCCUUUCAAUCUUGCCGAAACAAAUAGAAACAGAUUUAAAGCAACAGCAGAGUGACAUCUUCAGAAUUUUUAGAAAAGACAUAGAGAGAUUGUUAGAGCUGUCAGAUCUCUCAACAGUAAGAUUGAUGCAAUCCAAAUGCCAACAGUAUGUAUUCAUUACUAGAGAUCAGAGAUGCACAACCAAUGGAAGGCCCCUGAUGAACCAACUACCGGUCGAUAGAAAUGAAAGGCCCCAGGUGAACCAAACACCAGAGGUAACCCGGGUGAGCCAAACACCAGUAGCAACCAUGGUGAACCAAACACCAGCAGCAAAUGGAAGGCACCUGGUGAGCCAAACACCAGCAGCAGAUGGGAAAACUCUGAUGAGCCAAACAUCGGUAGCAAAUGGAAUAUCCCUGAUCAGCCAAGUACCAGCAGCAAAUGGGAAACCUCUGACAAACCAAACAUCAGUAGCAAAUGGAAGAUCCCUGAUGAGCCAAGUACCAGCAGCAAAUGGAAAACCUCUGAUGAGCCAAACAUCAGUAGCAAAUGGAAGAUCCCUGAUGAGCCAAGGACCAGCAGCAAAUGGGAAACCUCUGACAAACCAAAUACCAGCACCAAAGGGAAGACCCAUGAUGAGGCAGAAAACAGCAGAAAGCGGAAGGCCCCAGAUGAACCAAAUACCUGUAGCAAGUGGAUGGACCCAUACAAACAAAAUACCCGCACCGGAAGUGCAUCCUGCACCACCUUUGGUCUGCCCUGCAAAGGCAGCAGCAGACCCGAAGCCGAAGGUAGAUGAUGGAAAGCUGAAAGCUCUUCCCCAAAAGCUAACUGGUUCUAGAUCCAGGGUGACACCUAAACAGGAAGAUGCGGCGAAUACAAAGGUCGUCAGCCGGGCAGCGGCAACUGAGAAGGUGGUGAUAUUCAUCGACGACUCUGACGAUGACAGCAACGUCCGUGCUUCCUGCGUGAUCCUGAGGUCAUCGGGAUCAGAUGCAGGUGCAGGUGCAGGUGAGAGGGAGUGCGACCUGAUGAAGGUGGGCGCAGAGGAGAGCCAGGAGAUCAUGCGGAGGGCCAGGAAGCGGAGGAGAAGAGAAAUGCAGGCCAUCGUGGCCAGCAUGCCGCCUGAUCAGGUUGGGUAG